UUUGUCUGUUUUCAUCGAGCGGGCGGAAAGGGACGCCAUUUGCACCGUUCAACAUGGAGAGUAAUACCAGUGACGAGAAUUCCUCACCAGGGCAGGUGCAAAGUAAAAGCCAUAACACAAGAGUGUUUUUGGAAAGCCUUCCAAAAGACAUUCGCAAGGACCAAGUGGAUAAAACAUUUUCUCGUUUUGGCAAGAUAGCAAAAGUGUACCUUAUCUACGAUCCACCUGGUUCUGGCUUUGUGGAAUACUUUGAUGCCCGUGAUGCUGAAUAUGCAGCUAACCAGAUGGACGGAGCCGAUUUUAUGGGGUCUCGGGUAUCAGCCCGAGUUACAAGAGGAGGGGUAGCCCGUGGUCGUGGCCGUGGCUUUGGUCGAGGUGGCUAUGACAGAGGGGGUAGAGGGGGUGGGGGCUAUUACUCCAGCAGCUACAGCAGCGGCGGCCAGGGCUACUAUCCAAGGGGAAGUGGGGGAUAUAGGGGUGGAUUCUCCAGAGGAGGGUACAGGGGUUCUGAUAGGGGUGGUGGCUACAAUAGUCGUGGAGGUUAUUCACGUGGUGGAGGAGGAUACUCCAGAGGUGGUGGAGGUUUCUCACGUGGCAACUAUAACCGUGGAGGUGGCUAUUCACGUGGUGGCAGCUACUCCAGAGGGUUCUCACGUGGAGGCUAUGGUGGAGGCUCCAGCAACUACGACAACUACAGUUAUGACAAGUAUGAAAAGUCGUAUGACAAGCCAGCUGAGAACGGCUACUCUCGCUACCCCUCUGGUGACAAGUACAAGUCCCACUAUUCAGAUGACAAGUAUGACAAGUAUGUGAACUACAGCGGGUCGCGUCGGGAGGAGUACCAGCGCAGCCGUUCACCAGUCAGCCAUUCACCUGAUCGAUAUCGUUCUGCCUCUCCGGGCUACCAGCGCACCAGGUCGCGGUCGCCAAUUGGUGGUGGGUAUGGCAGCUCUUCUCGCUACUACCCUGCCUCCUCUCCUCCUCCCUCAUCCAGGGAGGUCAUCCGAACCUCACGCUCUCGUGACUCACGUGGCUAUAGCCCAGACCGGGCUUACUCUCGCAAGGAAUACUCCAGUUCAUCUUAUGGAGGACGUCGGAGCCCAGUUGAUGCCCACUACUAAAAAACAUUGCAAGUGGGGUUACUUGCAACAGCUAAAUGAUGCUGAGAAAGAGAAGAGGACCUGUAUAACAUACCUGAAAAUUAAAGACUGAUAGGAUUUUAAUGGUUUAUCUGUUGUAAAAGUUUUGGAAAAUAAUGUGUAGUGAGUAGCACUUGGGAAUCUAUGUUAACUAAGUCGGGUUUCACUGAACAUUGAGCGUAUUGUUGAUUUAUUUGAAAAAUGUGGUCAUGAUGAAAAGUUUUACAGCCUUAUUGUACAUGAUUUGAAAAUUAUUGAUUAAUUAAAGAAAGUAGACAAUAGCAAGAAACUUCCCCUGCCCCUGAAUGCACAACCUGUACCUAAAAAUAUAUAUAAUUGUUUUAUACUCGAUAAUUAGGAACAUUUUAAAAGUGUUUUAGUGCAGACAAGCAAAGACUGCCAAGUAUUAUAAAGUAAUGAACAGUAAGUAAGCAGAACCAAAAGUUGGUGUUUUAGGUGAUACAGGGCUGUAAUGGGUAAGUUAUGUCAGCUGUGGAACUUUUCUCACCGCAGGCUUGAACCAUUCUCUUGUUAACAAGGCUGGAAUUGAGAAAUGUAGGGUUGUAUGUAGAGGAUAAUAAUCAGUGAGCACAUGAUGUAUAAGGGCAAGGAAUCUGCUCCAGGACACGAGAAUGGUUUAUAGGCUUUUGGAUCCAUUGAAAAUUUUGAAGUAGAUUAACAAUGUGCAUUUUUACAGUAAGUUAGUGGUUCAGCAAUCUUGCAUUAAGUUCUAACUGGAUAAGAUAUAGUUUUACAUGUGCUUCUGUAACCUGUUUGCAUUGGAAACAAAGUCAUGGUGUAAUUGUAAAAUGAAUUUGCAAUGCUCUGUAUGAAGUUGAAAUAUUUUCAUUCUCAGUCACAUAUAACUUUUAUAUAUAUGGAACUUUGUUUUACUUUUCUCAGUAUUUUUGUGUAGAAAAGGGGAGUUGUGUGGAAAUGAUGCAUUGUCUGUAAAAGGAAAAAAAAAAUAUAUAUGCAUAGGCACGACUUAAGAGCUAAAAGUGUGACCACUUGGUAACGUAGGAAAGAAAGUGCAACUCACAUCUGGGUAUUUAGUGCCUAUAUAUGGGACACUAGUCAAACCUGGUGACCAUUUGUGCACAAGAAAAUGCUUGAAAAGCAGAGUCAAGAAAGAGACUGGUACAGUACAAGGAAAAUAAAAUUAAGACCAGAAAGGACGGUUCAUUUUGCACAUCAUGGCAUCUUUAAAUCGCAAGUUGGUCAAUACAGAAAAAUGUUGACGGUUUGUGAGAGGAUCCUGGUGGUGUACACGCAGACUUUUGUAUCCAGGUUUACAGUGUAACUAGCUGGCAAUUUCUACUUUGUACCCUUUUACCUUUUUUUUUUCUUCCCUUUUUUUUUAAUGGUAGUGCAGUACAGGUCACAAAGAAACAAGAAAAUUUUAAAUUUAUAUUUCAUUUUCAGACAAACUUGUGACACUUGUGUGUGCUCCUUUAAGGGAAUCAACAUUGAUAACAAACUACUGGUCAUAUUUUGACUGUUUAUAUUUUCACUUUGAAAUUGUACACCUUUAAUAAAUUGUCUAAAAGUCCUAA